GAUGUUGGUUCAACCCACGGUUUGGCGGAUUAAAAGGGGACAGAGUUUUGUCACGUAACAUUGAAGUUAGAGACAAUCACGCAGUGAACUUCAGGAAAAAGGGCUUUGGCUGGAAAGAACUAGGAGUUGUAUGGGGACUGGUGGCCACUUCGGUGCUCAGCUUUAGUUGCUAUUAUGAGAUGGGUUAUGGAAGCAGCACCAGUGCUAACUUGUAGCGAUCGUCGUAAUCUACUUUGAAGGCAGCGGUGGUUGGUUAAUUUCUAAAAGUGAGUACACGUGUGAAUUCCACGUUACGGAUUUAAGCGCCGACUUUUAGCAAAGGUGCCCUACCCUCUAGACCAGAAUCCUUUCCAGCAACUUGUGUGGGGAAUUUGGGAAUCGCAGCGAGCCGGUAUUGCCCCAUACGCGAUUUCGUAGGAUCCGCAGAGCGCCACAAAUGAUGGAUGCGUAGCUAGAUGAAUUGGAGGUGUUUUGUUUUUUAUAGUUUAUUUUAUUUUAUUUUUUUAAAUACUAGGGGCUAUUCAUUGCGGCCUCGUGGUGGACUUAGGAUGAAUGCGUCGCACAUCCGUUGCGAGAGAUGGUACAAAGCCAGUCCAAAGUCGUCGAGUUUUUAGUAACCCACAGAACGAAAGUGUUAGUGUACUGUCGCGACUUCUUCCUCGUGAGCUCUCUUCUGCGCGCGCUGAAAUUGGACAUUGAAGGAACGACGAAAGCCUGCUGGUGAAGAGCUUCUCUACUGUAGAAAAAACGAAGGCCUGAAGGAAGUUAGUGGAAAGUUGAAGCAAAGCUGGAACUUAGUCGAGCACAAUGUGUCACGGUUUGAUUGAGAAACGACCGGCCACGGUUUGCGUGCCUGAUCUCCUCAGGGAUCUUGUGUACCAGGAACCUGGUUGGGAUGGGUUCGGUGACGACUAUCCAAGCGUGUACAGCAGCGUCGAGAUGCCUAUGAUUAACGAGCCGCUGCUGCGAGAGUCAUCGGGUUUGUCAGACGGUGCUUUGGCCGAGAUUGUCAAUGAUUACUCCUCUGUCUUGAAGAAGUUGGACUCGGAGGAAGUUGACAGCGCUGAUGCCAGCGCAUUCGCGUCCACUGGAGCCUUGUCGACGUGGUUUGAUUGCUUCAAGGAUGACAUCUGCACAGUGACAAAAUCCACGCCGAAGGAAUCUGCGCUUUUGGUACCGAAAUUGUCUCCUGCGGACGGUCCUCAGGACGCUGCUGGCGUACUCCAGUCUGUGCCGAAAAGCAGGAAGUCUCGUAAAUCAGUUGCUGGAGAGCAGGGCCAUGCCCAGCAUGACUCCGAGAUGGAUGAUGUGGCGCCUGCCCUUAUUGAUGAGAAGAGAAAAAGAAGGAUGUCCUCGAACCGUGCAUCGGCACAACGAUCUCGGCAAAGGAAACAGGAGCGUUUGGACGAACUCGAAAUUUUGACUGCUCAGUUGCGGCUGGAGAACGCAACUCUUUCUCGCAGGUCACAGUUGGCUGAACAGCGCGCCAAAAUAUUUCAAGGAGAGAGGAACAACCUGGCGAAGAUGGUUGACGGAUUGCGAAAAGAGCUGGAUGCGAUCCGACAACAGAAUGUGCAAGGCUCGCCCGAUUGUGGAACUGAAAGCUUCACAAGUGGAAAUCACACCUCUGGUCUUUGUAAUAUGGUCGGAGGAGGCGAAGCUUCUCAAGUCGCAGAUGUGAAGCUUGAAACAUCAUCCAAGGGCGACCUCAAGAACGUGUAUGGAAAUUUCGAUGCCAUGAAGCGCAACAUCUCCAGCUCCGACCUGUCCCGAGGCAUCUAUGGGGAUCUGUAUUCUGUGUUGGAUUCCAUCCAAUUUGACGUUGGUAUUGGUGCCGAAGUGCCGGAUCUCCUGAAAGAGGAGUGGUAUGGGUCAUUCACGGAGUGUUUGAAUGCGUGAUCUCGGCUGCUUCAAGCUGGUUCUUCCAGCGUACUCCAGCGCUCUGGUUACCCUUUGUCGGCAUCACCCGAUACCAAGGAACACUAUCAUACGGCCGAACAGAUUUAUGACUGUAAUUUGCGUUUGCCAUAUGUCAUGUGUGUCGAAGUCUCUCCACCUUACUAACCAGACUGAUCAGACGAGGCCGAUUUUUUUGGGAUUCUCAAAAUUUCGAGCUGUUCUGAAACCAAAACAAUCCUCACAUUGCGUUAUUGGGAAGUGUUGCUGCAGAUAGUUUGUAGACUUUUAUUCACGUAUCGUAGGUUGACGCACCCGUGCAUUGUAAAAAGAAAUUGAGGACUGGUGAAUCAGUCGCAAGGAGUAGAAAGUACGACUGUUAGGUACUAGUCAAGUCAAACCGCUGUGCUGUCAAAUCGCUGUGCCGAUACGCCAAAACUCGGCACUCAAUUGUGGCACCGCAACUUUAAAAAAGCAUCUGGACUGUGUUUCGAUGACACAAUUGGAUCAUAUAACGUUAAUCCUGUUAACAUUUGAAUGA